GACGUCACAAGAAAAAUGGCCGAUUUUAGAAAAGAGCGGUAGCACAGGUACCCUAUAUUUAUAGCCCCAAAAGAGCAAACUGAUUGCUCAUGACUUUGUAAAACAUAAGUAUAUUGAAAAAUUUAAAGCUCUGAAACUGUAAAAUGCCGCCCCCAACGAGCCCCCAGGAUUUGGCAACUCACAUUGCAGCAUUUAAGUCCUAUGUGGCCCUGAUAGCAGACCCAAGUCCAGGAAUUGAGAAAAAACUGAAAGCAGCUCAAGAGCUAAGUGAAAAUUUUGAUGCUGUGGUUGCGUCCCCCCAGUACCCCCAGUUUUUGCAGGAGACCAUGAGGAUAUUCUUGAAGGUGCUUCAGGAAGGCGAACCCCAUUUCAUCACAGAGCAGAAUAUUCAGGUCCAUCAACUCCGGAAGCUCUUGCUGGAGAUUAUACACAGGAUUCCUACCAAUGACCAUCUGAAGCCUUAUGUCAAGAGCAUAUUGUCUCUGAUGUUUAAACUGCUUGAGAUUGAAAAUGAAGAAAAUGUGCUGGUAUGUCUCCGUGUUAUAAUUGAGCUUCACAAGCAGUACCGACCUCAGAUGAACUCGGAGAUUCAGAGUUUUUUACUGUUUGUGAAGAACAUCUACAAAGACUUGCCAAACCAUCUCCUGAAGAUCUUUGAACCCAAACCUCAAAUCAAGGUCAAGGACAUGUCAGAGGUCAAUGUGGAGGCCCUCCUCCAGGAGACUUACACCAUCACCACCAUCAUGACGGACAAGAAAAAUACAGACAAUUCUCCCAUUUCUUAUAAUAUCAUCCCAAGAGCGGUGCUCUCCCUGAAAGUGCUGGCCGAGUUGCCCAUCAUAGUGGUGCUGAUGUACCAACUGUAUAAACAGAGUGUGCACCAGGACGUGGCCGAGUUCAUUCCUCUGAUUAUGAACACCAUUGUGCUGCAGCCCUCUGCACAACACAGAACCAACCCAGCUUUCAACAAGGAAGUAUUUGUUGAUUUCAUCGCAGCCCAGAUCAAGACGCUGUCAUUCUUAGCUUACAUCAUCCGAAUUUACCAGGAAAUUGUUAGCUCCCACUCUCAGCAACUGGUGAAAGGCAUGCUGGGAUUGUUAACCCUUUGUCCCCAGGAAGUGGCUCACCUCAGGAAAGAGCUUCUGAUAGCAGCAAGGCAUAUUCUUGCCACCGAUCUCAGAAAUCGUUUUGUCCCCCACAUAGACAAGUUGUUUGAUGAGACAGUAUUGAUAGGUUCUGGUUGGACCACACAUGAAUCUCUCAGACCCUUGGCAUACAGUACUCUAGCUGAUCUAGUGCAUCACGUGAGGACUGCCCUGCCACUGACUGACCUGUCUCUGGCCGUCAACCUGUUCUCUAAGAACGUCCAUGAUGAGUCACUGCCCUGCAGCAUCCAGACCAUGUCCUGCAAACUCCUGCUGAAUCUGGUGGAGUGUAUCAAACAGAAGAGUGAGCAGGAGAAUGGGAAUGGUCGUGACUUACUGAUGAGGAUGUUAGAGGUGUUUGUGAUCAAAUUCAAGCAUAUAGCCAAAUACCAGCUGCCGGCAAUUCUAGCCAAGCAUAAAACGGAACAGGAAGGAAAGGUACCUGAAGGAAAAUACUCCCUAGAGGUCGCUGCAGUGAAGGAAGAAGUCAAGAUGCCCCCACCCCAGCCUCCUCAAACCCCAAGUGGAGACAAAGAUUCUAAAACCCUGGUGUCAGCAGUGACUUCUGCGUCCCAGGCUGCUGCUAAUAACUACACGGCGGCUGACUGCCGCAGUCUUGUGAAGACAUUGGUGUGUGGAGUCAAGACUAUCACAUGGGGGACCAUCUCCUGCAAGGCACCCACUGUGGAUGCAAACUUCAUCAGCAAUAAAUUAUUCAACCCCAAGGAAACCCUGGUAUUCGUUAGACUAGUGAAAUAUGCUCUUCAGGCAGUGGACAUAUAUACGGUGACUCAGACAACUUCUGGGCAGACUUAUGUUAGACCUGCAGCGGUCCAGACUGUCAGAACCAAAGAAGAGAAGGAGGUUCUAGAACACUUUGCUGGCGUGUUCACAAUGAUGAACCCUCUAACCUUCAAGGAAAUAUUUUCUGCAACCAUUGAGUACAUGGUAGAAAGAAUCCACAACAACUAUGCGCUGCAGAUCGUGGCCAACUCCUUCCUUGCCAACCUGACCACCUCCGCCACGUUUGCCACGAUUCUGGUGGAAUACCUGCUAGCCAGACUGGAGGAAAUGGGCUCCAACAUGGAAAGGUCUAAUUUGUACCUGAAGCUAUUCAAGUUGGUUUUUGGCUCAGUAUCUCUGUUUGCAGCAGAGAAUGAACAGAUGCUAAAGCCGCACCUCCACACCAUAGUGAACAAGUCCAUGGAGCUGGCCAUGACUGCCAAGGAGCCUUACAACUACUUUCUUCUCCUUAGAGCAUUAUUCAGGUCCAUUGGAGGGGGAAGCCAUGAUCUUCUAUACCAGGAAUUCCUUCCCUUGUUGCCCAAUUUACUCCAAGGGCUGAACAGCCUACAGAGUGGUCUACACAAGCAGCACAUGAAGGAUCUAUUUGUAGAGCUGUGCCUCACUGUCCCAGUUAGAUUGAGCUCUCUCCUCCCAUACCUCCCCAUGUUGAUGGAUCCCCUCGUCUCUGCACUCAAUGGUUCUCAGACUUUAGUUAGUCAGGGAUUACGAACUCUGGAGUUGUGUGUUGAUAAUUUACAGCCAGAUUUUCUGUAUGACCACAUACAGCCUGUGAGAGCAGAACUGAUGCAGGCAUUGUGGAGAACAUUACGCAACCCACAGGAUAACAUUGCCCAUGUAGCAUUCAGGGUCCUAGGAAAAUUUGGGGGAGGUAACAGGAAAAUGUUGAGAGAAGCACAAAAGUUAAACUACAACGAGAAAGAGACAGCUGGGCCCAGUAUCAGCAUCUACUUCCAAGACUGCAAGACUCCCAUUACUCUACCUGCAGAGAAGGUAAUAGAGCAUGCCCUGAAUGCGCUCAAGUCUAGUCAGACGGAUUCCCACUACAGGCGCCAGUCCUGGGAGGUCAUCAAGUGCUUUUUGGUGGCCAUGUUGAAUCUAGAUGACGACAAGCAGACGCUGACUCAUCUGUUCACACAUUCAAGUUUCUCCGAGGGUGAAAUAGCGUUACAGCCAGGUUCCCAGUACAGGAACCAGGAUGACCAUGCUCGCAGUGUGCAGGAGCAGGCUCUCACGGGAAUGUUUGUUGCCGCAGCAAUUAAAGACCUGCGUCCAUCAGUGUUACCUUUCAUGGCAUCCAUGGUUAGACAUUACACUAUGGUGGCUAUAGCACAACAGGGAGGGCCAUUCCCCAUUGGAGACAAGCAGAGCAAGCUGCAGGGGAUGGACCCCCAGAUCCUGGUGGACGCCCUGACGGUCAUCAUGGGCCACGAGGAGAAGGAGCUGUGCAAGCCUGGUCAUCUGGCUCUGGUCCUGAUACUGGACACUGCCACCACCAUACUGGGGGCCAAGGAAAGGGCCUGUCAGUUACCAUUGUUUGACUACCUGGUGGAGAGAAUGUGUUCACUGUGCUAUGACAGGGCCUGGUAUGCCAAGUUAGGAGGGUGCAUAGCAGUGAAGUUUAUGUUUGAGAGGAUGGCUACUCGCUGGGUGUUAGAACACCAGUUUGUGUUCCUGAAAGCUCUGCUCUUUGUCAUGAUGGAUCUUACAGGAGAGGUGUCCAGUGGCUCUCUGGACAUGGCCAAAGGCAAUCUUGAACGCAUGCUGACCAUGUGUUCUAAACCUCUUGACCCAGCGAACACGGACGAAGAACUGACACGCGUGCAGAAGAAGUCCAUCCACGAUGUGACGCAUGAGUUGGUGCGACAGGUGACGUCCCCCAAUACUCUGGUCAGGGAACAGUCUAUGCAUGCCCUGGAGGUGUUGGCUAAGACCAUGGAGAAGACAGUCACGGAGAUCAUGGAGCCACACAAAGAUGUCCUCCAGGAUAUGAUCCCACCCAAGAAACACCUGCUCAGACACCAGCCUGCCAACGCCCAGAUAGGACUGAUGGAUGGUAAUACAUUUUGUACCACACUGGAGCCCAGGUUGUUCACCAUAGACCUUAACAUAGUGGAACACAAGGUCUUUUUCACAGAGUUGCUGAGUCUGUGUGAGGCAGAGGAUGCUGUACUCCUCAAACUACCAUGUUACAAGUCUGUCACCAACCUGGUGCCUCUGAGGAAGAGUGCUCUCAGAGCUCUGGCAGCCUGUCACUAUAUACCUCAGUGUAGAGAGAAGAUCUUUAAUGUCCUCUACAAGGCCCUGAACUCCAGCAACAGUGAGCUACAGGAGGCGGCACAUGACUGCAUGAAAAAGUUCAUAUCAGGAUUCCAAAUUGACAUUGAACAAGUGCACACUGCCAUGAGGCCACUUCUGCUCAUGCUUGGUGACUAUCGCAGCCUAACACUCAAUGUGAUACAGAGGCUCUCUAGUUUAACUCAGCUCUUCCCCAACACUUUCAACGAGAAGCUGUGUGAGCAAUUGUUGGCUCACCUAAGGAAGUGGAUGGACGUCGCCAUCAUUGCCCAGAAGGGUGGUCAAGCACCUCGGACCAAUGGUCAAGUUCUUUCCAAUGAGUUGAAGAUCUGUGGAGCCAUCAUUAAUAUCUUCCACCUCAUCCCUGCUGCCUCGAAUAAGAUGAUUGAACCUCUGGCCACGUUGACGCUGAAAGGAGAGAGGGCGCUACUGAUUGAGGCUGGUUCCCCAUUCCGUGAGCCACUGCUGAGGUUUCUGAAGCGCUACCCAGCACAGACAGUGGAGCUUUUCCUCCAGGAGUCUAACAUCAAGGAACAACAAUGGAGCAGGUUCUUCUGGUGGCUUUUGAAGAACAGUGAUGGUAAAGUGUUCCGUGAUGCUCUGGAGACUAACCCAAUGCGUCUGGUCAACAUGGCCAUGGGGCAGGUACAGGUCAGUCCCGAUUGUAACACUAAAGAGCUGCAGUUUCAGGGUAUACGUAUCAUCAGCGUGCUGGUCAGGUUUGACGCGGGAUGGCUGCCCAAGUAUCCCCAGGUUGUGGUGAAUUUACUGAAAGUUUGGACUUCUGAGCCUUUUCAGGAUAAACACAAGAAAGUGGAUAGCCUCGACUUUGCUCAUUGGAAAGAACCUAAGCUACUUGUGAAGUGCUUACUAAAUUAUUUCAAGAACCGCACCAAUGAAGUGGAGCUCCUGUUCCAAAUGCUGCGAUGCUUUGUCUUCAGAUACAUCCCACAAUUCCAGUUCUUCAAAGACUUUCUGGAUGAUGUUGUUGCCAAGACCUACUCCGUGGAGUGGAAGAGGAAAGCCUUCUUCAAAUUUGUUGACAUCUUCCAUGACAAUCAGAAAUGGUCACAGGAUCUCAUAGGAAAGAUUCUUCAGUUCAUUUUGAUCCCAAGUUUUACAACCUCCUUUGAUAAUGGAGAAGGGGAGAAACUGAUAGGGGGACCCCCUGCACCAGACCAGGACAACCCAGACAACAUCAUCAGCGUCUUCAUCAACAAAGUCAUUGACCCAGACAACCCAUUUGGGACAUCUGAUGCAGUUCGUAUUCUGUUGCUGCAGUUUUCCAGCCUCCUUGUGGAAAGAGCUGCGUCCCACAUUCAUGAUGCUGCUAACAAAAAACAAGGCAACAAGUUGCGUCGUCUGAUGACCUUCGCAUGGCCGUGUCUGCUGGCUAAGAACUGUGUGGACCCUGCCACCAAGUACCACGGACACCUGCUGCUGUCACACAUCAUAGCAAAGUUUGCCAUCCACAAGAGAAUUGUGCUACAGGUAUUCCACAGCUUACUGAAGGCUCAUGCCUUGGAGGCCCGCGGAGUUGUGAGGCAGGCGCUGGAGAUUCUCACCCCAGCAAUGCCAGGGAGGAUGGAAGAUGGAAAUGGUAUGUUGACUCACUGGACCAAGAAGAUUAUAGUGGAGGAGGGACACACUGUGGCACAGCUGGUGCAUAUACUGCAACUGAUAGUAAGACACCACAAGGUGUAUUAUCCUGUGCGACACCACCUCAUACAACACAUGGUGAACUCUCUACAGAGAUUGGGCUUUACACAGAAUGCCACUCUAGAGCACAGGAAGCUGGCAGUGGACCUGGCUGAGGUCAUCAUUAAGUGGGAGGUCCAGAGGAUUAAAGAUGACUCGGACCAGUCUGCAGACACAGCCGCCACAGGCACAGAUGUCACCCAGUCUGCUCUCUCUGCCAACCUCCCUGUGAAGAGAACUGCCUCUGUUAGUUCUGUAGACUCCCCCCAGGAGGCCAAGAGAUCCCGUAAUGUGUCCGGAGCCGUAAGUGACCCCAGCAAGAGUACCAAGAGUCAGACUGAUGUCAGCAAACCUAUUGACCAGCAGUACUGUGAUGCUGUGGUCAACUUUCUGCUCAGAAUUGCCUGCCAGGUAUUGAAUUCAGUUGGGUCACCAGGAGAACUGUUGUCACGGCGAUGUGUGAACUUACUGAAGAUGGCGCUGCGGCCUGAUGUCUGGCCACAGACAGAACUGAAGCUGGUGUGGUUUGACAAGUUGUUGAUGACAGUGGAGACCCAUCAGCCAAACUUUCCUAAUAUCUGUACUGCUCUGGAAUUGCUGCACUUCUUACUGACCAUACUGAGGAAAGAAAUGAUCCUUGCAAGUUUUAAGCCUCUCCAACGAGGCAUAGCUGCCUGCAUGAAUUGUCCGAACUCCAAAGUGAUUCGCUCGGUUCACAGCCUUCUUUCUCGGCUCAUGAGCAUCUUUCCUACCGAACCAGCGACCUCAAAUGUAGCCUCCAAGUAUGAAGAGCUAGAGUGUCUGUACGCCUGUGUUAGCAAGGUGGUCUACGAGGGACUCACCAACUAUGAAAAAUCAACCAGUGGCUCCCCCUCUCAGCUAUUUGGUACACUAAUGAUCUUGAAAGCGGCCUGCAUCCACAACCCCCAGUAUAUAGACAGGCUGAUCACUUCCUUCAUGAGAGUGCUGCAGAGGAUGGCCAGGGAGCAUCUGACUCCCUCUGCUCCCGAAACCAGCCCAGUGGCCAGUGAACUCCUCAUCCUCAGCUUGGAUCUUGUGAAGAACAGAGUAGGAGUGAUGAGUAUGGAGAUGAGGAAAGGAUUCAUUGGGACAAUCCUCGUCGGACUCAUUGAAAAGACACCAGAUGUCAAGGUCAUGAAAGCCAUCACUAAAAUGGUGGAAGACUGGGUCAAGACCAAGACACAGGUUGCAAUAAACCAAGGACCCACACUGAGAGAGAAAGCCAUCUUGCUGGUGAAACUGAUGCAGCAUGUGGAGAAAAGAUUCCCAGAUGAAGCUGAACUUAAUGCUCAGUUUCUGGAACUAGUCAAUUACAUUUACAGGGAUGAAUCUUUGAGCGGCAGUGAGUUAACAUCUAAAUUAGAGCCAGCAUUCCUCUCUGGUCUUCGCUGUUCGCAACCUCUCAUCAGGCAGAAGUUUGUGGAGGUGUUUGACAACAGCAUGCGCAGACGUCUCUACGAUCGUCUGCUGUACAUCACCUGCUCUCAGAACUGGGAGGCCAUGGGAGGCCAUUUCUGGAUAAAACAGUGCAUAGAGCUUCUUUUGGCUGUAGCUGUAAAUGGCACUUCUGUCAACUGCUCGUCACCCGUCAUCUUGCUUCCUGCGGCCACCUCCGUGGUCAACCUGGCUGAUAGCCACGACCGCGCAGCCUUUGUCAUGUUGACCAAGAUGAAGGAGGAACCCAUGGAUGUUGAGUCUUUGGAUGCCAACAAGGAAGAGGACGAGAUAGACAUAGAGAUGGCCUCAGACACCACGGAGGAGGGAUCCAAGGACUCGGGUCUACAUCUGCCAGUGAAGAAGGAACUACAUGAUCCCAAACAGAAUCUACAAAUGCUUCUUCAAAGACAGGCCAAGUUCCUGGAGACCUGUAGAGAGGUCAAGACUGUGUCUUACCUGAAUGCCUUGUCCCAGUUGUGCCACAGUUCCACCCCCCUGGCACACCAAGUCUGGCUGGACCUGUUCCCCAGAAUCUGGAAAAUACUCAUAGACAGGCAACAACAGAGUCUGGCAGGAGAGCUGGUGCCGUUCCUGUGUAGUGGGAGCCAUGUGAUCCAGAAGGACUGCCAGCCCAGUGCCGUCCACACCUUCCUGCAGGGACUGGCCCAGUGUGUACCCGCUGUCCCCAUCAGACCUUGUGUACUGAAGUACCUCGGCCGCACACACAACCUGUGGCAUCGCGGCUCUCUGAUGCUGGAGAGAAUGGCAUUUGAGACCAGCAAGACCACCUCAACCAUAAGACCAAGUCGGCCUGGCAGCGAGUACGAGUUCGAACCCAGCUCGAGCACCAAUACUCAGCAGGAGACCUUGGAUGCGCUGUGUGAGCUCUACUCUCUGUUACAAGAAGAGGAUAUGUAUGUGGGACUCUGGCAAAAGAGAUGUAAAUAUACGGAGACGGGAGUGGCCAUGGCGUACGAGCAACACGGCUUCUUUGAGCAGGCGCAGCAGACGUUUGAGCAGGCGAUGUCCAAGGCUCGACAAGAGCACAAUACAGCACCUGCCACGCCCACAAGUUUGCCAGAGUAUAAACUGUGGGAGGACCAUUGGAUUAAAUGCUCUAAGGAACUGAACCAGUGGGAUCUCCUCCUGGAGUAUGCUAACUCCAAGGGUAACACCAACCCUCACCUGGUCCUGGAGAGUGCCUGGAGGGUGCCCAACUGGAACCUGAUGAAGGACGCCCUGGCGCAGGUUGAACUUAGCUGUCCCAAGGAGCUCGCCUGGAAAGUGAACUUGUACAGGGGGUACAUAGCCAUAUGCCACCCUGAUGAUCAUCAUUUGAACAUGAUUGAGCGUCUUGUGGAGGUCUCCACCAGUUUGGCAGUAAAGGAGUGGAGAAGACUGCCCAGGGUGGUGUCUCAUAUCCACGUCCACCUCCUCCAGGCUGCCCAGCAGAUCAUGGAGCUUCAAGAGGCAGCUCAGAUCAACCAGGGACUUCAACCACAGAACAUAGGCAGGAACUCCAGUCUGCAUGAUAUGAAGGCUAUAGUGAAGACAUGGAGGAAUCGUCUUCCUAUGAUAUCAGACAGCCUAUCCCACUGGAGUGAUAUCUUCACAUGGCGACAGCAUCACUAUCAGUUCAUUGUCAACCAUUAUGAUACUCACGCACACAAUGAUCCUCAAGCCAACCAUGCAAUGCUAGGCGUGCAUGCGUCUGCGCAGGCCAUCAUACACUACGGCAAGAUUGCACGAAAACACAACCUCACUGGUGUGUGUCUAGACCAGCUGAGCAGAAUCCACACCAUUCCCAGUGUUCCUAUAGUGGACUGUUUCCAGAAGAUCAGACAGCAAGUCAAGUGUUAUCUGCAGAUAGCUGGCAGCAUGGGAAAGAAUGAUCUGCAGGAGGGUCUUGAAGUUAUAGAAUCUACAAACUUGAGAUUCUUCACCAAAGAGAUGACAGCUGAGUUUUAUGCUUUGAAGGGAAUGUUUUUGGCCCAAAUUGGCAGGUCUGAGGAUGCUAAUAAGGCUUUCUCUGCUGCUGUUCAGAUGCAUGACACCCUGGUGAAGGCUUGGGCUCUGUGGGGAGACUAUCUAGAGGGCAUCUUUACCAAGGACAACGCUGCAUCCAAGAACAUAACCCUAGGUGUCUCUGCCAUCACCUGUUACCUCCACGCCUGUCGGCAUCAGAAUGAGAGCAAGUCCAGGAAGUACCUGGCCAAGGUUCUUUGGCUGCUGACCUACGAUGAUGAGAAGUCGCAGCUGGCAGAGGCUGUUGAUAAAUACUGCAUUGGGGUGCCACCUAUACAGUGGCUGCCAUGGAUACCCCAGUUACUAACAUGCCUGGUGAGGAAUGAAGGGCGUCUGAUUUUGAACCUCCUGAGUCAGGUGGGCAGGAUGUAUCCACAGGCUGUGUAUUUUCCUAUCAGGACCCUAUACCUUACACUGAAGAUAGAGCAGAGGGAGAGAUACAAAAGUGGUGAGCUCUCAGCCAGCGCUAGUUUCUCUCGAACCAGUCCGCAAGUCUCCACAACAACAGAAUCAACAUCAACAAGUACAUCAACCUCAACAACAUCAGCAGCAACCACCACAUCAGCAUCAACAGCAGCAGUAACAACUGCUACAUCUGCAGCAGCUGUUACAACUGCUCCCAGCAGCACUGCUGCAAAUGUGACAACAGGUGGCAGCACAGUGACCACAGAGGGCAGCACUAUAUCUGUGAUGAGCCCAACCACAACUUCUGCCAGUGCCACUUCUGCCUCUGCUGUUUCUGGCACAGGAGCUGAUUUGAGCCUCUCCACAUCAGUAGUUACCUCAUCUCUCUCUGCGUCUGCCAGCACAAGCCAGCUGGGUCACUCGGCCUCGGUUUCAUCCUCCGUGAGCGGGUCUGACGGUGGUCCAAUACGUGCGACAGCACCCAUGUGGCGAUGCAGUCGUAUAAUGCACAUGCAGCGUGACCUUCAUCCUACCAUCUUGUCAUCACUGGAAGGUAUUGUGGACCAGAUGGUGUGGUUCCGUGAAAACUGGUACGAGGAGGUUCUCAGACAGUUGAGACAGGGGCUGGCCAAGUGUUAUGCUGUGGCCUUUGAGAACAGAGGGGCAGUAACGGAGGCCACCAUUACUCCCCACACCUUGAACUUUGUGAAGAAGCUGGUCAGCACGUUUGGUGUUGGCAUAGAGAACGUCUCCAGUGUGCAGUCAACGUUCUCCAGUGCGGCCUCAGAGUCCCUCGCGCGACGUGCUCAGGCCACGGCACAGGAUCCUGUCUUCCAGAAGAUGAAGAGCCAGUUUACUACAGACUUUGAUUUUAGUGUGCCUGGCUCCACCAAACUUCACAACCUAAUCAACAAGCUGAAAAAAUGGAUAAAAAUUCUCGAGGCAAAGACCAAGCUGCUGCCCAAGACGUUCCUGAUAGAAGAAAAGUGCAGGUUUCUCAGUAACUUUUCUCUGAACACUGCUGAGGUGGAGAUCCCAGGAGAGUUCUUACUGCCCAAGCAUAGCCACUACUAUGUGAGGAUAGCAAGGUUCAUGCCCAGAGUGGAAAUAGUCCAGAAACACAACACAGCGGCCAGGAGGCUGUAUAUCAGAGGACAUAAUGGAAAGAUCUACCCCUACCUGGUGGUGAAUGAUGCCUGUCUCACAGAGUCCAGGAGAGAGGAGAGGGUGCUGCAAUUACUCAGAAUGAUGAACCAUUACCUGGAAAAACAGAAGGAGACAGCUGAGAGGCUUCUAUACUUCACUGUUCCCAGAGUGGUGGCAGUGUCACCACAGAUGAGAUUAGUGGAGGAUAAUCCAGCCUCUGUGUCCCUGCUGGAUAUUUAUAAACAGCGAUGCUCAAAGCGUGGCAUAGAACACGACCAGCCAAUAGCUCGCUAUUAUGAGCGUCUUGCCAAUGUCCAGGCGCGAGGUUCCCAGGCCAGCCACCAGGUGUUACGUGACAUCCUGAAGGAGGUCCAGGGUAACAUGGUGCCGAGAGGACUGCUGAAGGAGUGGGCCACGCACACCUUCCCAGACGCCACUGAUUACUGGACGUUUAGGAAGACGUUGACCAUCCAGCUGGCGUUGAUGGGUCUUGCAGAGUUUGUCCUUCACCUGACCCGUAUGAACCCAGACAUGAUGUAUCUCCACCAGAACUCUGGCUUCCUCAACGUGGCCUACUUCAAGUUUGAUAUUGAUGACCAAACAGGUGACUUGGACGCCAACCGACCAGUGCCAUUCCGCCUGACCCCCAACAUAGCAGACUUCCUGUCCAUGACGGGGGUCACAGGGCCCCUUACAGCCUCCAUGGUGGCAGCAGCAAGGUGCUUUGUGCAGCCACAGUAUCAGAUACACAGCCUCCUGAGAGCCGUCCUCAGGGAUGAGUACAUUACUUGGCAUAAAAAGAAACAAGACGAGGCCAAUCCAGGAGCUCAGCCUGUUGACAUGGAUGGGGAGCUUCUUGUUGGCAAGGUUGCCAAGGCAGUGGGUGCCAUAACAACCAGAUUACAAAAUCUGGCAACAUUUGAUGGAGCUGAGAGCAGAGUAAGCACACUGGUAGCUGCAGCAAACAGUCACGACAACUUGUGCCGGAUGGAUCCCGCUUGGCAUUCUUGGCUGUAAUUAAGCCAUCACCCAACACUUAAUGGAGCAGAGCUCUAGGACUAUUUUUGCAUUCUGUGGAUGCUGCUUGGCAUUAAUUGCUUUAAGCAACCUGCCCAACUCUUGAAGCAGCAGUGGAGUAACAAUCAUUUGCACCAUUUGGAAUGUGACUGACAUUUUUUUGCUGUAAGUCAUCCACCCAGCAAACAAUCUCACAGGUUUGGGGCACAUGGAUCCUGCUUUGUUUCUGGAUGUGAUAAAUCAAUAUAAUCUUUCAAGCUGCAACAGCAAAUUCGAUCAAUGUGUCGUUCUGUGUACAAUUUAGUUUGUAGUCUUUUAAGACAAGUCUGUUAAAACGAUCUAGUCACAUCUAGUGCAUUGUGAAGUUGUUUAACUGUCAUGAAUGGCAAUGAAAAAGACUUUAUUUCAGAAUGUUUUACUGUAUUCCAUUCUUGUGUAUAUAUGAAUGAUAUACUAUUUGAUAAGUUACUGAAAUGUAUGGAUGGAAUAUCUGUUUGAUCAUUAUAAAAAUAUAUUUGGUGGAAACCAUGUAGCAUUUUACUGUACAUUUGACCAAUAUACAAUACAAAAUACUAUUGCAAAAUGUUUCAUUUCUCUGGUAGAUUUUGAAGACUAUAUUAUCUAUUACAUGUGAUAUAUUUUAGGGAGCAUUAAGAAUAAGAAAUUAUUUCAUUUGUGUAUCUUACCCCGACUUUUUUACAUUAAAUCAAGGGAUUAAAGAUGAAGACCUGUCUUGA